ACUCAUGGGAAGCGGAAGACGGUGCAGCUCUCUCUCUCUCUCUCUUUCCGUAAACUGGAGCUCCAUGUUUUUUUUUUUUUUUUCGGUUUUUUUGGAGAUGGCACAUCUCCGGUCAUCACGCGCUGUUGUUAUGAAGUGUGUUAGCGGUCAGAGGAGCGUGACCGUCACGGACACGUAAAGCCUGAGACACUGAGGCAUGUGUUGAUCCAUGUGAGCAUGGCAGGCCGGUGAAAGGUGCCCCUCCCGUCACAGAGCUCCUCCUCCUCCUCCUCCUGCUCCUGCUCCUCUGCUGCUGCUGCCAUGGAGGUGGGCAGCCUCCCCGUGGAGCUGUGGAGGGUUAUCUUAGCCUACCUUCCUCUCCCUGACCUGGGCCGCUGCUGCCAGGUGUGCCGCGCCUGGCGGGAGUUGAUCCUCUCCCUGGAUAACACCCGCUGGAGACAACUCUGCUUAGGGUGCCCCGAGUGCAGACACCCCAACUGGCCCAGUCAGCCUCAUCUGGAGCCCCCGUCCUGGAGAGAGGCCCUGAAGCAGCACACCUUAGCCACCCGUACCUGGACUCAGAACGGGCCAGAGCUCCAGUCGUCUGCAUGUCUGCUCUUUUUCCGGCGUCGGAAGGACCGCAGGGUUUGGCAUGUGGGGCCCGGGUGCGAGUUCGAGACCCUUUGUGGGGCCCUCGGGGUGGUGGGUCCGUACGAUCGUGUGGUUCUCCAUCCAGGGGUGUAUGAGGAGCAGGCUGAAGUGGCGCUGAAGGUGCCGGUGGAGCUGGUUGGGCUGGGGCGACUGGGCGAGGUGGCCCUCCUGGUGUGUAUAGAGCAGCAGUGCCCCACGGCCAGGCUGUGUAAUCUGGUUUUCAUGCCGCCCUGGUUCUCCACUGUGGUCUACAAGACGUCGUGGGGUCACGUCCAGCUAGAUAACUGCAACUUCGAGGGGGCUCAGUUGCAAGUCCGAGGCCCGGGAACCUGCCAGGCUCGCUUCUGCUCCUUCUCACAGGGCAGCUCUGCCCACUUGCUGGGUGUCGUCCUCAGUUUGUUCGACAGCUGUGACUUCUCUGGAAGUGACACGGCCUCUGUGACUAUCGAAGGUCCUCCGGUUUCGGAGAGGAACUGGGCUUGUAAACACUUGGCCGCCCUGGCCAGGACGUUUCCAUCGUGCAGCGCGUCUGGGAUUAACAACAGCCCUCCCGGCGGGCAUCUGGCCGGCUCCACUGCUGGGCAUCAACCUCCUGGUUCCAAUGUCAAAAAGGAGCAUGUGAACAUGGAGGACUGGCAGAGGAGGGCGGGGGUGGAUGCGGUGUGUCAGGGCACGGUGAUUGAAGAUUGCUGGAGUGACGGAGACUGCAGCGAGGGAGAGGAGGAGAACCAAGACGGUGGAGCGAACACCAAAAGCCUGUUUACGCUGGAUUACAAAAUCCCAUGCGACCAACACGGCCUGUCUCAUUUGCUCAAGCCUCGGCAAGACGGCUCUCUGCCACCGGCCUCCUCCCCAGAUCCCCCAUCUGUGACCCCUGAACCUUUAACCCUUAAGCAGGAGCUGGACAGGGACCCAGAGGCUCAUAUGUUGGCCGCAUCCACCCUUGGCUGUAUUCUUAGACGCUGCCUCUUCAGGGAAGGGAAGGGCGGUGUGCAUUUGUCUAAUUACGGACAAGCUCGGCUGGAGGGCAACGUUUUCCGUGGGCUGAACUACGCUGUCCGCUGCAUCCAGAACUCCACAAUAGUGAUGCUGAGAAACGAGGUGUGUGAGUGCCGCGCGUCGGGGGUGUUCCUGCGCCUGUCGGCUCAGGGCCUCAUCGCGGAGAACAACAUCCACUCGAACGGGGAGGCGGGUCUGGACAUCCGUAAAGGGGCUAACCCUACCAUUGUGUGCAAUAAAAUCCACAGCGGUUUUCGUUCAGGCGUUGUUGUCCUUGGCAAUGGGAAGGGGUCAAUUCGGAGCAACCAGAUCUUUAACAACAAGGAGGCGGGCGUGUAUAUCCUCUUCAGUGGGAAUCCUGUGGUCAGUGGGAAUCACAUCUUCCAGGGCCAGGCGGCGGGGAUAGCUAUAAACGAGAAUGGCAGAGGGAUGAUAACAGAGAAUGUGAUAAAAGAGAACCAGUGGGGGGGUGUGGACAUCCGUCGGGGAGGCGACCCCAUCUUGAGGAACAACUACAUCUGUUAUGGUUACUCAGACGGCGUCGUGGUGGGAGAGAGAGGCCGCGGACUUAUCGAGGGAAAUCAAGUAUACUGUAACAAAGGCUGCGGUGUGUGGGUCAUGUCGUCCAGCCUCCCGCAGCUCCUGGGAAACUACAUCACCCAUAACUGUAUGUACGGGCUGGCGGUGUUCUGCAGGAAGGACCCAGAGAACAUCGACGCCAGGGAGGGGAACUGGCCGGGGCAGGAAGGGCUCGGCGGAGACGGAGGCGGCGGGGAAAGGAGGGGGGUGGAAGGAGAAGGGAGGGAAGGGCAGGAGAACCUGAACGAAGAGGGGGAGCUGUUUGCGUGGGAGAGUGAUCUGGACAGCGAGGACGAGCGUCACUCUGCCCGUCGUUCCAUCAGCGUGGCGCUGGUGGAGAGCAACUGCAUGAACUACAACGGAGCGGUCGGCCUGUACGUGAAGAGCAGCGAGCCCCUGAACGUUUUCGCCAACCUCGUGAACAGUAACCGCGGCACCGGCAUCGCCGUGCUGCAGAGCAGUCAGCUGACCCGACUGGUUACAAACUGCAUUCUUGACAACGGCCGCGGUGGUGUCACGGUGGAGAAGGACUGCCGGGUGGAGCUUCGUGGCAACGGCAUCUAUAAAAACAGUGGCCACGGUGUCAGUUUCAGUGGCACCGGGCAGAUCGUGGAGAAUGAUGUUGUUGGAAACCGUGGAUACGGGAUCCAAGUCUCUGGCAGCGCUGACAUCAAGGUUCUGCGCAACCGCGUCCAACCUGCACAGGGCUGCGGCAUCGCUGUGCUGGGGCCGGUGAAAGGUGUCGUCCACGACAAUCUCUUGUUCCAGGGUCACCCUGGAAACAAAAGAACACUGCUACACACAGAUCCUGGCAAUGAGAGCUGCGUGUUACGCAACAACAGUGUUCUAAGGCAUAAUAACAGCUGUACAUCUGCUCCUCCAUGGAUCUUGGAUAACCCUCCACCUCGUCCACUGGCCAGCUCCCCUUCCGGUCUCUCCUCGUCCCAAUAUCCCUCCAGACUUGGAAUUUCCAUGACAACCAGGAUCAGCGCCACUGUAGAGAGCGGUUGCCACAGCGGCAGCAUGUUCUGCUCCAUCCUGUGAAUACUGGCGAGCACUUAGAAAAACCAACACGAACGUCCGCUCCCCGAAGGUCAGCACUUUUGAACUGGUGUGUGUCGUACAGAGGAACACUCGGACGAUAACUGUCCGAGUAUAACCACUAAAGGGGGCCGUCCACGUUCCGAUGUGGGUUAGUUAGUUAGGGUGGAAUGACAUUUUGUAAAUCCGAAAUCAGACUUUUGUAAACUUUCUGUUCAAACUCCAGUGCACUCGUCAAAACGUGAACUAACGAAGUGAAGCUUGAUCACAUCACAUCCGAGUCAAACAACCAUUUCCACACUAAAGCUUUAACUUAACCGUGUUCUUUAACAUGCAGACUUCAUAUCCACAGUACAGGACUGCUGUAGACUUGUCGGUUUUGCUUCUGAGACUCACAGGUUAGGACGUGCACGUUUCUAAGCUAGGAGCCAGAGGUGUCCAAGAUGCCAGCUUCAACCACGUCACAAAGUAAAGCUGUGCCUUGUGUAACUUAAAAAAAAAAAUCAAGUCGACGAUUGUAGCUAGAGGAGGAGUCGUCAUAGUGUGAGGUGUAUAUGCAAAAAAGCAAAAAACAAAAAAAACAAAGCCAAACUUAAGCUUCUGCCUCUUGCACAGAGCUGCUCUGUUUCCCGGUGAGUCUGUGUUUUCUUCUUUCCAUCACGUCCUCCGUGUUUUUAAAAAUAUGAUGCACUUGUUUGACUUUGUGAAAUUCAGUGAGGGAGGACGACUCAUCAUUCCACACACGAUCUACGGGCUGCGCGGCACAGACUCACCUGGGAAUCAGCCAGUCGUAGAAAGAGGAAUAAUGUUCAGUGUGCAAUAUGUGCUGUCUACAAAUGUGCCUAUACGUUUUGACUUUGUCUCAGCUAGAUGUUUCCUCUCAUCUAGAGUCAGCUCAUCACUCUGCUUUUUUCUUUUUUCCUUUGUAUCUUGCACUUGCACAGUCAGCAUCAAGUAACGACAUCAUGUACAACUCAAAGCUCACCACUUUAUUUGUCUACAAAAUGCUUCAAUAAACAGUUCUUGUUUG